AUGGAGUGGAACGGAGAGGAAUGGACUAAAGAUGACAUUCCAUUGUUUGGAAUGGCACUAAGUAUCAGUAUGAUUUCCCACAUCGUCCCUCCAAAACUGAAUUGGCAGAUUAAAUUUCGUGUACUAAGGUUGUGGAAAGUCCAUUCUUGGAAUGACCACAAUACUAUUACCAGUUUAGAAAUGAUUUUGCUUGAUGACAAAGUGAGUGUUACAAUUGUUGUUUAUUAUCCUUUGUCAGAUGUGAUUGGUCACGUGAUUAAAAAGUUUGACAUGAAGGAAACAAUGCGAAGUGGAAUUAGAGUUAAACUGUUGGAUAUUAUGUUGGAAGAUUUGGAAGGAAAUAAUGUUGAUUGUACUUUGUGGGCUGAACAUGCUAAACAAAUGAACCAUUAUUUAACUGAUAAUGGUUAUGAUAAGUCGGAUGAAAUUGUAACUUUCAAACUUCUCAACAAAUUCUAUGAUGUGCUUUUAUUAAUGAUGGAAUUGUUACCUUUUGAGCUUCUCAACAAAUUAAUGAAGGUAACAAGAGAAGAUAUUGUGCAUGCCAGCAUUAAUUCAUCUUAUCUAUGGGAUUUUUGUCAAGUAAUGACAUUAACCAAGAACAUGAGGCUUCAAACUGGAUCGUCCGGAUCCGAUGUAACACAAAUGAAGCAAUUUUCAGAUUGGUUUAUGAAUAUUGGAGAAGGAAAAAUUGGUGAGGAUAAUGAUGGAGACUUGAACAUUGAAAUUCCAGAUGAUAUGAUAGUAAAAAAUUCAGGAGACCCCAUUGCUUCUAUUUUGAUUCCUGGUGAAGUUAAAACAUAUUUGAGUUUUGAUACACCAUGUGAAAAAAGUGAAACUCUUGAUGGUCCAUAUAAUAUUCUUACUCAUGAAUUAUUGCAUACCAUCAAAGUUUCAGGCCUAAUAAAUCAUGAAUUGAAAUUAAAGGUUGGUGUGCCUAUUAUGUUGCUCAGAAAUAUUGACCAAUCAUCAGGAUUAUGUAAUGGCACACGUUUCAUUAUUACUCAAUUGGGAAAUUUUGUGCUUGAGGCGAAGGUCAUUUCUGGAAAUAAUAUUGGCCAAAAAGUUUUUAUUCUAAGGCUGUCAUUGACUCCUUCUGACAUGAGAAUUCCAUUCAAAUUUCAGCGCAGACAAUUUCCUAUAUCUGUUUCUUUUGCAAUGACAAUAAAUAAGAGUCAAGGUCAAUCUCUUAAACAUGUUGGGAUCUACCUUCCACAAUCUGUUUUUAUCCAUGGUCAGUUAUAUGUUGCAGUUUCUAGAGUUACUUCACGAGCUGGUUUAAAACUUCUUAUUACUGACGACGAUGGCAAUGCCACUAAUAAGACUUCAAACGUUGUUUAUAAGGAGGUCUUCCAAAAUAUGAAUAACGUUUAG